UCAGUAAAUGCCCGAGUCUCAAUGCCGAUCAAUCUUACUGUCUCUAUAAUGAUUUUUCGAUCUUCGCUAUCAACACCAUACAUAAAGUUACAAUACUAGGAGAUAAAUUAAAUUACGCGAGCGAAAUGUUCUCCUGCAGUUGGCGUAAAUUCAACGCAUUCCGAAAACAUGUCCGAGCCUUCACGAACAUGGUCCGGGUGGUAGAGGUGGGUCCGCGGGACGGCCUGCAAAACAUAAAUGCGGUAUUGCCAACCGGCAUGAAGAUCAAGCUGAUAAACCAAUUGUCGCAGACGGGACUACGGUCCAUCGAGGUGACGAGCUUCGUCUCGCCCAAGUGGGUACCCCAGAUGGCCGACAGCAGCGAAGUCUACAAAGGAAUAUCGAAAUAUAUGGACGUCGAUUACUCGGUCCUUGUACCGAACGUCAAAGGCCUGGAGAAGGCGCUGUCCCUCGGCGUGAAAGAGGUCGUCAUAUUCACCGCGGCGACCGACUCCUUCACCCAUCACAACACCAACUGCACGAUAAAGGAAAGCUUACGCCAUUGCAUCACGAUACGUCAGAUCUGCAAGGAGCGGAAGAUUCGCACGAGAGCCGUGAUAUCAUGUGUCGCGGGCUGCCCUUACGAGGGCGAGGUGAAGCCAACCAAGGUGGCCAAGGUGGCCGAGACCCUCCUCGACAUCGGAUGCUACGAGAUCGGACUCGGCGACACCAUCGGGGUAGCCACACCCAAGAAGAUGGGCCUACUGUUCAACGAGAUCCGUGCCAUGACCGGCGGCGACAUUUGGCGAUUCGCCGUACACUGCCACGACACUUACGGCCAAGCCGUCGCUAACAUCUACGAGUGCCUACGCCAGGGCAUUCGAGUCUUUGACUCCUCCGUCGCCGGCCUCGGGGGCUGCCCGUAUGCGCCCGGGAGCUCCGGCAACGUCUCCACCGAGGACCUCGUCUACCUGCUGCACGGCGAGGGUAUGGAGACGGGCAUCGACUUGGACAAGCUCGUCGAUGUCGGUAAUUUUAUCAGCGAGCAAAUUUGCGUGCCCAAUCGCUCCAAGGUCGGCAACGCCUGCCUUUCCAAAACAAAUGAAAAUUGACGUUCCUCUGUUCAUUGAAGCAAGCGAUUACUCGAUUACAUAGAUCCCAUUCAUCUACCGUCCCACACACUUAUGUCGCUAUUCUAACAAAAACUUGACUAUUUUUUUUUAAAUCUUAUCUUGUGGAACAAGCCGUACAAACGUAUCGAUUUAUAUAU